GUGAAAAUGUGGUCCUCUUCCAAGUUGCCUGUUUAUCAUAAUGAAAUGUCUUUGUUACAUCUGAGCGUCUAGAUCCCAGUUCCCAUCUUACAUUUGGCUUUAAUGGUAUACUCUUUUUGAUAAAUGAAUUAGUAUUUUAAAUACCGCCGUUAUUUUUUAGAGCCAAAUCUUUUUAAUCUGGGAAUACACAGACAACUACACGACGUGACAGUCCCCUCACAGCGAGGAAAAUGUCGGGGAAGAGUUUCCGAGUCAGUGACGGCGACUGGAUUUGUCCAGAUAAAAAAUGCGGCAAUGUGAAUUUUGCAAGGAGGACCAGCUGCAACAGAUGUGGAAGGGAGAAGACCACAGAGGCAAAGAUGAUGAAAGCAGGUGGAACAGAGAUUGGAAAGACUCUGGCGGAGAAGAGCCGUGGCCUUUUCAGUGCCAAUGAUUGGCAAUGCAAAACCUGUGGCAAUGUGAACUGGGCCAGGCGGUCUGAAUGUAACAUGUGUAACACACCCAAAUAUGCCAAGCUGGAGGAAAGAACGGGAUACGGAGGGGGAUUUAACGAGCGUGAAAAUGUAGAGUACAUUGAUCGUGAGGAAUCGGACGGGGAAUAUGACGAGUUUGGCCGUAAAAAGAAAAAGUACCGUGGCACAAGUUCGGGAAGCAAGUCCAAAGAAAGCUCGAAAAAACCAGAGCCUCCUCCACGCAAGGCUGCUGCUGCGGCUGCUGAUGAUGAUGAGGAGGAGGAUGAGGAUGAUGAAGAUGGGGACCUUUCAAAGUACAAACUCAGUGACGAUGAGGACGAGGACGAUGAUGGCGACCUGUCCAAGUAUGACCUGGACGCCAGUGACGAGGAGAAGGAGAAGGCAGCUGCGGCGGCGGCGGCGGGGGAUGGGGCCGCCAAGAAGAAGAAGGGUAGCCGCUCGGGCUCGUCCCGCUCACGUUCCUCUUCGCGCUCCCGAUCGCGCUCCUCCAGCUCCAGCGCUCGGUCUGGGUCCAGGUCUCGGUCCAGGAGUUCGUCCAGUUCCCGCUCUCGGUCUCGCUCGAGCUCCCCGGGCCGGGGAGGCUCCCGCAGGUCUAACUCCAGAUCCAGCUCGAGGUCCCGAAAGGGCUCGUCGUCCCCUCGGAAGAGGUCUGGCUCUCGCUCUCGCUCCACCUCCUCCUCUCCCGGAAGGGGGCAGAAGAGGAGCCGUUCCCGGUCUCCCUCCGACAGCAGGAAAAAAAGGCGCUCUAGAUCCCAGUCGUCUGAAAGGAAUCGUGGCCAGUCUUCCGGAUCCUCCCAUUCUGGUUCAAGUUCAAAAAAGAAAUGAUAUGGAGAGCAAACGUUAUCAUAGGAAUCUCAUGCAUGCAUGUUGAAUGAUGACAUUAAAAAAGACGCCGUCAUAAGCAUUUACAGCAGAACUCUCCUCAGUCAAAAAAAAGAAAAGAAAAAUUAAACAAAACAAAUCACAAACUUCUCCAUGAUCACACUACCUUCCUAUUACUGAAUAAUAGCAUUUACUUCCAUCAGAAAAAAAAUAAUCGAUUAAGAAGCUAAGCUUAUAGCAACCCAUUGUGGAAAUAAUAUCCCUCUGUAAACGCAGCAAAGUCAAAACUCAGAAUGAUGAUGGCCAUCAUUAUAGCAUUGGCAGUAAUGUUCUCAUAAUUCACCUCUCCAUCCUGUGUGAGGAAACAAUCCAGACUAGCUUCUUGAUUGGAUGUGUAUUUUUAGGCCUUAGUUUCAACUGGCCGUAGGAACUGGGUUUGUGUGUAAUUUUGGAAUGGCCGUAUGUGAAAUUGCACAAGUCUAUUCAUGCCGGCUCAAGUCCACAAACCUGUCAAAUCCGUAAUACUUAAACGUAAUAACGCCUACCAAGAGGCUGUAGUUUUUACUGUCCAUGUGUAUGUUUGAGGCUUAAGGUAAGUAUGUUUUUUAUUUUGUGUCCAACAAUACCCCCCCUAUCCAUGGAUGAAAUGAAAUGUCUUGCUGUGAAGUUUUUUUUAUUUUCUCAUUGUCUUUUUUUGUGGACUUAAUCUUCUAAGCAGUUUUGAAAUAAGACAUACAUUUUCUGGUUGGUACAACCUGAACACAUCAGUUAAGUGGGUUGGAUCACUAAGCUAUUCAAUUUUUCUUGUGUAACAAGUCUUUAUGGAGAGAUGAGAGAUUCAUUCUGAUUCUACUAUGCUUAAUGUAUAGGCUACAACAAGUUUUCCAUGUCUGAACGUCUUUCUUUUUUUGUGAGUGAUAGGGAAAUAAGAAAGUGAGAAAUGUUCUGUUUGAUUUUUGAAAAACAGUAUUGUAAUGUGAAUAAAAAAUCUUUCAUCA